UUUUAGGAGGAAAACAAGAAAAAAAAAUAUUCUGAACCAAUGGACUGCAGACAUAGUACAGGAAAUGACCAGAGACUGACGACAUACUACAGGAGAUAACCAGAGACUGCGGACAGUACAGGAGAUGACCAGAGACUGCGGACAUAGUACAGGGGAUGAACAGAGACUGCGGACAUAGUACAGGAGAUGACCAGAGACUACGGACAUGGUACAGAAGAUGACCAGAGACUGUGGAUAUACUACAGGAGAUGGCCAGAGACUGCGGACAUAGUACAAGAGAUGACUGGAGACUGCAGACAUAGUACAGGAGAUGACCAGAGACUGCGGACACAGUACAGGAGAUGACCAGAGACUGCGGACACAGUACAGGAGAUGACCAGAG